AUGUAUCCAGGCGCUUCAAGACAGCUGGCUCCCCUCGCGUACCAAUUCCCUCCAUCGCCCAUCUGCUCGUCGUCCUCCAUCCCCACACGAGAUAUCUCACAAGCCUCCAAGAACCCUAGUCCUGGAGGUGCUGCUCCGCUUCUGAGCGGCCUUAGGACGCCUCCGUCAGACGAUAUGGGGACCACCUAUCAAGCUCCGAACAUUGGCCAGCAUGAUGCUAACCCAUAUCCUUCACUGAAUGGAUAUUCCGGCCCGAGGUCAAGGUCGUCAGUGAGCAAUGGGCAGGCUGUGUUGGAUAGCUACCCAAGAUACCAUCAGUACGCAACCCAAGCGUCUGGACGAGAAUACCAAAUGCCGGCCACUCAACAGUCACAGCAGCAACCUUCGCAGGUUGCUCAACCCCAGCCGAUUGCUCGGGAGUCGCAGCACACGCAAGCUACAGCUACAGUUUCAUAUGCUCCUCAGACAGCUGUGGCCCAACCCUCUCGAGCUUCGACACCAAAAUCGAGUGGGACGGUUGCCUCGCAGGUUAGCAUGUCACAGAAAGACGUUGCCAGCCUGGCCGGACAAAGUCUAGAGAUCCCCAUGUGUAUCAGCACAAGGGGCGGCAGCUUGUCUGUACUGGCGGCACAGAUGACUACCUUUUUCUGGUUUGAGCCAUGCCCCGUCCACCAUUUGGCCGAAAAGCUCGUCUCUUCGUCGCCUUCCGAACCGGUACCAAGUCUGAACGCCCUAGCGAUACCAACUCCAGAGUUCAAGUCAUGGGUCCACAGUGUGCUCUCAACCACCCAGGUCACGCAAAAUGUCAUCCUCUUGGCUCUUCUUUUCAUACACAGGUUGAAGACUACCGUCCCCGAUGUGAGGGGAGCCCGCGGAAGCGAGUAUCGCCUCCUGACAGUAGCUCUGAUGCUUGGUAACAAAUUCUUGGAUGACAACACAUACACAAACAAGACCUGGGCGGAGGUCUCGGGCAUCACCGUGAAGGAUAUCCAUGUGAUGGAGGUGGAGUUCCUCAGCAACAUGCGAUACAGCCUCUUGGUUUCCAAGGCACAAUGGGAGCAGUGGCUGGUCAAGCUUUCAAAGUUUUGGGAGUACUGCGAGAGAGCAACCAGGCCAGUGCUCUCUCCCAUUACAAUACCUUCACCUACACGCUCGGUGGCAAACGCUUCGAUCCGAUCACCAACUGGUCACCUGGUGCUCACUCCCACGCUGCACUCAACGCCGACGACACGCAGCCCUUACGAUGUUACCUAUGCUGCUAACAACCAGUGGCCAGCCCAAGCUAUGCCGCAGACAUGCCCGGCCGUAUCUGGGCAACCCGAUACCAGGAACGGGUUUAACAAACGCCCCUACGCCGACGAGGAUCCCACGGAGCCGCCUUCGAAGAGGGUAGCUAUGCACCCUCAGAGUAUCCCUGCACAGCCUGCAAACAUGUACAGCCAGGCUCGCCAGAGACCCGCAGGUUCUUUGGAACCGCUACGUCUGCCCGUACCAAACCUGACCGUCAACACAACUCCAAAUGCAGCUCAGGCAGCCUAUAACUCAGUAGUCAGCCACGUCCCUAUUCAGCAGUCGGCUCUCUCCCUCCCUCCGAUGGUCCCGGGUGUCAGGGCUAUGGCCACCGUGUACCCCUCAACCACAACUGCAUCAAACUUUGCUGGAAACGUGGCGACGAGUUCAGUUCCCACCUCAGUGUCAACCCCACUGACCACCUCUGCUCCGGGUGGCUUUCCACCCAUGACAAAUUACGCGACACCAACAAAGCGGCACAGCCCUGGGUCACUUACACCAGCUGCAGCUGCAGCUCUAGGAAAUUCAUCACCGCUCAGCGAGUCUUUCGCGCAUGGUCAGCACGGUGUUCGCACCCCAAUAUCGCAGUCGCCCUCUGUUUACCUGCAGCAUCGGUCAAGUCCUUACCGACCCGUGAGGCACGUAAAUACUCUGCUCUGUCCGCCCCCUUCUUCGAGCCUUCACGAGUAUCACCUCUCCGGUCCGAACCCCGCCAUGGUGGCGCCAGCUCAGAUGCAUUACCAGCCCUUGGGCCGAAGACACGAGUACCACACGGGAAUUGUACCAGAGUUUACCCUCUCCGCACAGCAGCAACAAGCGCAGGCACAUUACGCACGUCAAGAAGUACCGAUGCCGCCCACAUAUCGGCAGAUCCCUGGUCAGGCACAAAUGCGUCCUGUCGUAGGACACAACCUUCAAGAGCCCACCCACUCGCACAUGCAAUUUCUCAACUAG